AAUAAAAUAACCUAUAAAUAGCGUAGCAAGGGUUGCGAAUAUUGAUGCUUACAAUUUUAAUUUAAAAAUCCUGGAUAUUACAUUCAAAGUGCAUUUAAAAUGUCCACGGCAGAUCAAUCCGUAAAACAGCUUGAGGAGCGAACUCGUAAAGCUGAAAAGGAGAUGAAAGAAAUAGAGGAUGAGAUCGAAAAACUCACUAAAGGUGAUCUCAGUUACAUAGGAGAUCCCGGGCUUGACAAACUUCUGUCUGAAAAUGAGAAGCUCAAGCAUCGUCUUGCUAUUUUGGAGAACGCUGUCAAAGCCGAGAGCUCUGCGGCUGGUAAGUCGACCACAAAAGAGCCUAGGAAGCGGCCCACUCUAAUCACUGAUAUCGACUCAAUAGAAGGCACCAUCUGCAUACUAGAUGAGCUGAAAAAUGUUUUCGAAAUAGCUAUUACUUCUGCUUACCCUGAUUUGGCAGACCCACCAGUAGUAAUUACCCUGUCCGGUAAUAAUCCGAAGUUCGGAGACUACCAAUGUAAUUCGGCCAUGCCAAUAUCCCAGCUGCUAAAGGCUAAGAAUAUAAAAAGUAACCCAAGGGAAGUAGCUAACAAUAUAUUGAAUAAAACUCCAACAUCACCAAUUAUAGAACGCAUUGAAGUAGCUGGGGCUGGUUUCCUCAACAUUUACUUGAACAAGAAAGUUGCGGAGCAUGUGUUGACUUGUAUUCUCCGAAAUGGAGUAAAGCCACCACCAGUGAAGAGGCAGAGGAUCGUUAUUGAUUUCUCGUCACCAAAUAUUGCUAAGGAAAUGCAUGUGGGCCAUCUGAGAUCUACUAUUAUUGGAGAAAGUAUUGCCAGGAUACUUGAGUUCUUGAACCAUGAUGUCCUCCGCAUUAACCACCUCGGAGAUUGGGGCACGCAGUUUGGUAUGUUGAUUGCUCAUCUACAAGACAAAUUCCCUAAUUUUAAAAAUGAAUCUCCACCAAUUUCUGAUUUGCAAGCAUUUUACAAAGAAUCUAAGAAGCGGUUUGAUGAAGAUGAAGUUUUUAAAAAACGUGCUUACACUUGUGUUGUUCAGCUGCAGUCUGGCCAUCCAGAUUACAUUGCUGCCUGGAAGUUGAUCUGUGAAGUAUCUCGCCGUGAGUUCCAGAAAAUCUAUGACCGCCUAGAUGUUACAAUUAUUGACCGGGGAGAAUCAUUCUACCAAUCUAGGAUGCUUGUUGUAAUAGAAGAGUUAAAGCAGAAAAAUCUUUUAGAAGAAGACGAGGGAAGGUUAAUCAUGUGGGGAAGUGAAAACCGUGAAGGCAUACCUUUAACAAUUGUUAAAUCUGAUGGUGGUUUCACUUACGAUACCUCCGACAUGGCUACUAUAAAACAAAGGGUAGAGGAGGAAAAAGGAGAUAGGUUUAUUUAUGUCACUGACAUGGGCCAGUAUGGUCAUUUUGCACUCAUAGAGAAUUGUGCUCGGCGAGCCGGUAUUUUAAAGGAAGACCAAAAAUUGGAACAUGUAGGUAGUGGUGUUGUAUUGGGAGAGGAUAAAAAGAAAUUCAAAACCAGGUCAGGUGACACCAUCAAACUUAUUGAUCUCCUCGAUGAGGGCUUGAAAAGGGCUCUGGAUAAGCUCAUUGAGAAAGGACGAGAUAAAGUACUGACCCCUGAGGAACUGAAGCAGGCACAAGAGGCAGUGGCAUAUGGCUGCAUUAAGUAUGCUGACCUAUCUCAUAAUAGGAUCAAUGACUACAUAUUUUCAUUUGACAAAAUGUUGGAUGACAAAGGUAAUACUGCAGUCUAUCUAUUGUAUGCUCUCACCCGCAUUAGAUCCAUAGCCCGCACUGCCCAGGUCUCAACUGAGGAUCUGUUGGCUCAGGUGGAGAAGUCUGGUUUCAAAUUAUCUCAUGAGGCCGAGUUGAAACUUGGUAAAGUGCUUCUUAGAUUCCCAGAAGUAAUCCUCAAAGUAUCCAAUGACUUAUUCUUACAUACUCUUUGUGAAUACUUGUAUGAGAUCUCAUCCGCAUUCACCGAAUUCUAUGACAAAUGUUAUUGUGUGGAGAAAGACAAAGAUGGAAAGAUUGUUAAGAUAAUUUAUGAAAGACUAAUGCUUUGCGAAGUCACUGCCAGAAUUAUGGAAAAGUGUUUGAGUCUCUUAGGUAUCAGAACAGUAUCUAAAAUGUAAAGAGGCCUAGUGCUCUUUACACUAGGUAUUUAUUGAGUGAAUUUUCAGUAAUUUUUAGGCAUAUCACAAUAUUUUCAUUACAUAUUUAUGUACCAUAUUUACAACGCAUUUUCAACUAAAAAUAAAACACUAAAACCAU